CUCGCCAUGUCUAAACCAACAGAAGAGUAUACUGAAUAUCACGAGGAUACAGCGAAGAUCCAUGAAUCGACCCAAGGUGCCAUCUACCAGACAUACGUUGCCAAGAGUCCCGAAUGGCAUCGGAAGAUGACCAAGCAGCUCCUGCGAAAGGUGGACAUUCAUCUUCUUCCGUUCUUGGUGGUGAUGUAUUUGCUCAACUUUCUCGACAGAAAUAAUCUUUCACAGGCCCGACUAGGGUCUCUCGAACAAGACCUCGGGAUGAAAGGAACAGACUACAAUCUAGCCACGAGUAUCCUCUUUGUCGGGUAUCUCCUCAUGCAACUGCCGUCGAACCUCCUUCUUACGCGCGUGCGACCGUCAUUAUUCCUGGGGACAUCAAUGGCUAUUUGGGGUGUCAUCUCGGCCUGUCAGGCUGCAACACAAUCAUUCACGGGAUUGGUCCUUGCUCGUUUCUUCCUUGGCUUUGUGGAAGCGCCAUUCUUUCCGGGUGCAAUCAUGCUGAUGUCGAGUUGGUACACCAGACAAGAGCUGAGUCAUCGCAUUGCGUGGUUUUAUGCUGGAAGCUCUCUAGCAAAUGCGUUUGGUGGUCUGAUUGGAGCUGGGGUGCUGGGAAACUUGGACGGUGCGCAUGGAAUAGCAGGGUGGCGAUGGCUCUUUAUCAUCGAAGGGUGCAUUACUGUUGGGAUAUCGCUGACGUCAACACUACUCCUGUCGAACUACCCUGCCACCACCUCAUGGCUCGACGAAACGGAGAAGCUAUACGCGCAAUGGCGACUUAUCCACGACGCUGGAGAAGCAGACGAAGCCACAUCGAGCAACAUCAAAGAAGCGCUUUAUCUAGUGUUCUCAGAUAAGCGAAUCUAUAUUUUCAUCCUACUCCAGCAUACGUCGCUCCUCUCGCAGAAUUUCCAAUACUUCUUCCCCACCAUCGUCGAGACCCUGGGCUAUGGAAAUAUCAAGACUUUGCUAAUAACUGCACCUGUCUGGAUCGCUACCUUCUUCGUAUCACUUUUCGUGACAUGGACAUCUGGAAAGACAAAUGAUCGCGGAAUACAUAUUAUCUUGUUGAUGCUUGUUAGUGUUGUGGGAUGCAUCAUAUGCACUGCUACGACGAACAUUGGUGCGAGGUUUUUUGGCAUGUUCCUAAUGCCCAUGGGCGCCGUAUCUGCCUACCAAAUUAUCAUUGCCUGGGUGGCCAACUCCUUCCCUCGCCCGCUGGUAAAACGCUCAGCUGCAAUUGCAACAGCAAAUAUGAUUGGCAACACAGCGUCCAUUUAUGGAAGCUAUAUGUGGCCGUCGUCAUCAGGGCCAAGAUAUAUCGCCGGUGGCAGUGCUACGGCAGGGAUAGCCCUGCUUGUUGCGAUUAUUGCUUUUGUCAUUCGUGUUGUGCAUCUGAGGAUGAAUAAGGCGCUGGAUGCGGCGGAACAGGAUAGGGGAGGGGCAGAGGUCGAUAAUUUGGAAGCACGGAAUGCUGGGUUUAGAUACAUUCUUUAGAAUUGCUCUUGGGGCAUGUCAUUAUGAUGUUUUAGAAGAUUAGAUGGGGUUUGAAGGCUCUCUAUUGGCGGUG